GUGCCCCCCCGCGCCCCCCGGUCCGGCCCGCCCCCGCCGUGCCUAUCCCGGGCCGGACCGCGCCCCGGCACUGCCCGCACCGCCACCGGCACCGAGCACCGAGUCCCGCACGGAGUUUUGGCAGCCCCAGGGCAGGAUGCCGUCGCAGCUGGAGCACGCCAUGGAGACGCUGAUGUUCACCUUCCACAAGUACGCGGGGGACAAGGAGCACCUGGCCAAGGAGGACCUCAGGGCACUGAUGGACAAGGAGUUCCCGGGGUUCCUCGAGAACCAGCGGGACCCCAACGCCCUGGAUCGCAUCCUGCGGGACGUGGAGCAGAGCCGCGAUGGCCGCGUUGGCUUCCAGGGCUUCUUCUCGCUGGUGGCCGGGCUGACCAUCGCCUGCAACGACUACUUCGUGCAGCACAUGAAGCAGCGCGGCCGCCGCUGAGACCCCCACCCACCCAUGGGUGCCCCCCACCCACCUACCCGGGGUGUCACCCCAAACCCGCCUUGGAUCCUGUCCCAACCCUACAUGUGUGCCCUGAUCCCCCUUUGGGGUUCUGACCCCUCCCCAAAGGUCCUGAACCCCUCCCGAGGGGCUGAGACCCCCCCCACCCCGGGGGGGUUGAGACCCCCACCCAUGGGUGCCCCCCACCCACCCACCCGGGGGUGUCACCCCAAACCCGCCUUGGAUCCUGUCCCAACCCUACACGUGUGCCUUGAUCCCCCUUUGGGUCCUGACCUCCCCCACAGGGAAGGUGAGACCCCCCCCCCCCAAAGGGGUGAUGGACCCCUCCCCACCCAUGGGUGCCCCCCACCCAUCUUGGGGUGCCCCUCACCCACCUGGGGGUGUCACCCCAAACCCACCUCAGAUCCAGUCCCAACCCUAAAUGUGUGCCCUGAUCCCCCUUUGGGGUUCUGACCCCUUCCCCCCAAGGGCCCUGAGCCCACCCGGGGGGUCCUGACCCCCCCCCCCCCAUUGCAAGCUGAGACCCCCCCCCCCACCCAUGGGUGCCCCCCACCCACCCAGGGGUGUCACCCCAAACCCUUGGACAUCCCCUUGACCCUAAAUGUGUGCCCUGACCCCACUUUGGGGUCCUGACCCCCCCUUGAGUGCCCC